AUGGAUCGAAACAACCGUUAUUCAUCUUCUUACGACAACGGCCCAUAUAGGCCUUCAAACCAACAUCAGCAGCAAGCGCAGCAGCAAUACCCACCACAGCAACAGCAACAACAUCAACGACAACCUCCAUACAUGCAGCAAGGAAAUAACUUUCGCCGUGAUGAUUAUGGCGGCAAUGGGGGUGGUGGAGGUGGAGGAGGAGGAGGAGGAUACCGCAGAGGAGGCAGUGGCGGUGGAGGUGGAGCUAUGAGAGAUCAAAGAGGUGGAAGACGCCAUAACAAUGACCGAUUCAAUGAUAGCAGACCUUACAAUAAGAGACCCAAUCGUCCAAACAAUUUCAGAGGCGGCAGGCAUGAUAACCAAGAUGAAGCCGAUCAAUACGACAACAAUAAUCCUGGAUAUGAUGUCGAUGAUAACAACCGUUUACCUGCUCAUAUUGAAUCCAGAGUGGCAAGAGAGAAGCCUUGUCGAACAUUGUUUGUGAGAAAUGUCCAAUAUACUAUCCCGGAGAGUGAAGUCAGAGCUAUGUUUGAGAAAUUCGGCGAAGUCAAAGAUGUCUUUAAUCUGAUUGAGAACAGAGGCAUGAUCUUUAUUACUUUUUAUGAUGUGCGAGCUGCCGAAGAAGCCAAGACCAACAUGCAAGGUGUCUUCUUGAGUGACAGAAAAAUUGAUGUUCAUUAUUCAUUGCCCAAGGAAGAGGAAGAACGAUCCAAAUGUGAUAGAACCAAGAAUCAGGGCACCCUUCUGUAUACGCUUAAGAAUGCGAACGGUGAGUUGAACGAUUAUGAGUUACAAUCUUACUUUGGACGAUUUGGUGAUAUUAAGGCAAUUCGAGUCCCUCACUUCAAAAAGAGUUUAACACACAAUUUCAGUCAAGCAGAAAGUAGAAAUCAGCAACGAUUAGUUGAGUUUUACGAUUCAAGAGCCUGCGUUGAAGCAUACGAUAAUACCUAUAAUACUGAGUACAUGGGCGGCAUAUGGGAUGUUGCCUUCUUCUGGGAUCAUCCAUAUAGAGAUCGUGGCAAUGCCAAUCAUCGAAGAGAGAGAAACCAUGAAAGAGAGCGUGAUGAACCAAGAGGCAAUAGUAGAAGAAGAAGUGAUACAGUGAGACCUCGUGAUUAUGAUCAUUACAAUGGUGGUGGACACAGUGGUGGACGCAAAGAUGAUCGAUAUGCCUCUGCUGCUGCUAAUCCCCCUCUUCCUCCUCAGUCCGCUGCUGUUGCUCCUAUGCAUCAUAAUGCCGAUCCAAGAUUGCAAUAUAAUCCUCAGAUGCCACAUCAAUUACCUGUUGGAGGUGCCCCUAUGAGUAACUUGAGUGCAAGUAAUGCUGCAAUGCCUGAUGGCCAAAGAUUAGAACAAGCUCAAAAAGCCCAACAAAUUCUAUCCAUGCUAGCACAACAGCCUCAACAACAGCAACCACCACCACAAGCUGCGUCGUUGACUUCUCCCUUCCAGCCCACUAAUUUGCAAUCACCUCCACCUCCACCUACAGCCUUUGUUGCUCCAGUUCCUCCUACUGAAGACCAAGCUUCCCAAGUCCAACAAUUGUUGGGUUUAUUGAGUCAAGCUGCUCAGCAACAACAACAACAACAACAACAACAACAGCAGCAGCAGCAGCAGCAGCAGCAGCAUCACCAGCAACAAGUGGUAUCUCCACAACCACCUAUUCUCCCUCCUCAGCCAGGCGGUGUUGCACCUAUUCCAGGCAUGGAUCCAGCUACAGCUUUAUCUCAAUUAGCUGCCAUGCUUCAACAGCAGCAGCAACAACAACAGCAGCAAAAUAAUCAAAAUCAAUAA